CACCCAUCUGACGGGGACUUGCCAGUGAUUACAAACUGCCGAGCUUUCAAUAGGAAAUGACCAGCUACCUGUCAGACCUGAUUCAGUAUCGGAGGCUAUUUCAAAUGAUGCUUGUGCUGGGAAUUGGUGGAACCCUUUUACCAGGUUUUCAUAUUUCUGUGAUCAACUACCCUUCCAUGCACAUUAAGAGGUUUAUCAACAAAACCUGGCUGGAGCGAUAUGGCUCUCCCCUCCAUCAGGAGACCAUCACAUUGCUGUGGUCCCUCAUUGUGUCUAUCUACUUUGUAGGGGGACUACUGGGGUGUCUGUGUAGUGGAUACCUGUUUGUGAAACAUGGAAAAAAGAAAUGUCUGUUGUGCAACAAUAUGCUCAUAAUGGUAGCAGCCUUGCACAUGGGCUUCAGUAAGACCGCCAAGUCUUUUGAGAUGAUUCUGAUUGGCCGCUUCCUCUAUGGCAUCAGUGCAGGUGUAUGUUCGAAUGCACAUAGUCAGUACCUAGGAGAAAUUUCACCAAAGAAGCUGCGUGGAUUUGCAAACACCAGUGCUGUUGUGUUUUUGACACUAGGAAAAGUUUUAGGACAAAUUAUGGGAUUAAGAGAGUUUUUAGGAACUGAAUCCUUGUGGCCUUUGCUGUUGGCUGUAUGUGGAAUUGCAGCAUUUGUCCAGCUGGUCUCUUUGCCAUUCUUCCCUGAGUCCCCGCCCUACCUUUUGAUACAAAAGGAAGACUCCGAAGGUUGUUUGAAAGCCAUGAAGCAGCUCUGGGGUGAAGGGGAUCAUCAAGCAGAGUUUGAUGAUAUGAUGAAGGAGAAGGCAGCAAUGAAAAGCGUCAAAACCAUGAGUGUCCUGGAAGUGAUGAAAGAACCAGCCUUGCGUUGGCAGUUGUGUAUAAUGAAUCUCCUUAUGAUGAGUAUACAGCUUUGUGGCUUGCAUGCAAUCUACUUUUAUACCUUUGAAGUGUUCCGCACAGCCAGGUUGGAGGAAGACCUUAUUCCAUAUAUAGCAUUAGGAAUUGGGAUCUGUGAAUUCUUCUCAAACAUCCUGUGUAGCUCCAUCAUUGACCGGUUUGGCAGGCGGAUGCUGUUAUGGGGAGGUUAUGGGUUGAUGGCAGGGAUACUGGCAAUCCUAGUAACAGUUCUCUCACUGCAGAAUCAGUUCUCCUGGAUGGCCUACUGCAGUGUUGUUCUCAUAUUCUUGUUCGUUAUCACCUAUGGAAUUGGACCAUCUGGGGCAGUCAUUUCUGUCAUGAUGGAAAUCUUCAACCAAUCAGCCCGAUCAUCUGCCUUUGUGAUUGCUGGGACCACUGGCUGGAUGAGCUUCAUUGUAAUUGGGAUGAUAUUCCCCUUCAUUGUGGAGGCCCUCGGUCCCUUCUGCUUCCUCAUCUUUAUGGGCAUUCUUGUCAUCUCAGGGAUUUUUUUCUACCUGUUCCUUCCAGAGACAAAGGGGAAGUCAAUCAUGGAAAUCAAAGAGGAGUUCAGUACAAUACAUUUUCGGAAGAAACUUCUACCGACUGCGGAGAAGAAUUCCCCUCUGGAACACACCUUCUGCACCAAGUUCUGACUGGCCUGCAGAGUCAGAUUUCAUUGACACAAUGCACUGUCAAGAUCAAAUUGGAAGCUGAAGCUAAAAUAGACUCUUUUUUAAUAAAAUCUUAUUUGAAAAAUAAUUCACAUCUAUCUUACCUCUUAUUCCUAGCAGUCCCAUUUUAUAUUUGGGCCUUUGUUUUUCAUGCUCACAGCAGUAUCUUCACCCAUGGUGCUCUUCUCCUAAUACAACUCUGUAUCAGGAGGGUUUUAGUAAUUAACAGAGACACUUCCCAGAACUGCACUCAGGAAUAACUAAACUUGUCAGUUUUAUUGGCAGUCCCCUUCCACUGCAACCAUUGCAAAGAAAUGGGAUUUAAAAGUAUGUGUGUUAAUUUGUCAAAUGAAUCUCUAUAUAGUUAAGAGGGAGAGGACAAACCAUGAAAACAUCUCUUCAAACAAGCUUCUGAUCAUCUGUUUACAAUACACAGCACUGUAAAUAGCCUAACUACUGUUUUUCCUGUCUAAAAGGAACUGCAACCAAUGAAAGACAGCCAGGACAAAAAUUAAGUACAAUUGUAUAAAAAAACCUCAAUCUUGUUGGGUCAAGAUGAAAAGAACAUCAUAGGACUGAGAAAGUCUUGGCCUACAUCACAGAGGUUUAACAGCUCAGGAUGAGAAGCAGGGCUUGGGAUAUGGUAGAACAUUUUAACUGCAUACUGAAAAAAUCAAUUAGACAGAUGUUGGUUUAGGACAAAUGGUUCCUUACAAAGGCACAUCUGCAGCAUACAGCUCUCCUGUAAUACCCAGGUACACACAAGUAAGUGGGUGCAAAACUCAAUUGCCAAUAUAUUUAUUGUUUUCCUGCCGCAUCUACCUUCUAAUAGGAUGACUGUAGUUUAUGUUUCCAUAUUUUGCUACAAGUUAUAAAUGGCAUGUCACACAUCCAUAUAGCAAAGUGCACAAUCACAUCAGGAAAAAUAUAAACAGAAAAUCUAAUUCCUAUCCUAUCACAAAAGAGGUCUAGACCUCCACAACUUGGCUCAACUUGCAAUACUAGCUUUUUUUGGUGACAUAACUGCACGCAAAGACUAAACAAUGUAAAACUUUAGAGCCUAUAAGUCCACUCAGUCCUACUUCUCAUUCAGCCAAUCACUAAGACGAACA